AAAGAUCAAAUCCCUAUUAAAAAAUUGCAUCUUCAAGAUCAAGACAAUUGCCACUUUCCCAAAUAGAAUCCAAAUUAUUAAACUACCCCAAAGAAAUGGGCAAUCUGCGUUUCCUCCCUGCUUUGACCAUUUUCAAUCCUUUUAAGUUUCCCAUGGUUCCAACUGCACCAUCUGAACCCUGCAAACCACCUACCAUUUUUACACACUAUUCGUAUUUGCUCCAUCAAUCCGGCGUCUGCAAAUGUCAGAUCAUCCCGCGACUCCAAUAGAACAAGAAUCGGAAGAACAACAAACCCAAAUCAGAACUCCCCUCCUCCUAAAAGCAGACCCAAUCCAAAUUUUAUACGAAGAAAAUGAGGAACAAGAAGAAGAAGAAUCAAGUAUUCAUCUGGAUAAAGACCUUCAAGAAUUGGAUUUUUAUCUGUUAUUAUUGGGUUUCAAUCAAACAUCUAUGUUGAGAUUUGGGAUUUCAUGGGUAACGUUUUUGACGAUUGGGGUUGUGCUUCCUGUUACUGUACUUUUGAUGAGCACCAACUGUUUGAGAUGUGAUCUCUACCAAGUUAAAGCCUUUGAGCUUGUCGUUGUAUCUUCACACGCUUGUCUGGCAGCCGCUGCUUUGCUUUGCCUUUCACAUAAUCUCAGAAAAUAUGGGAUUCGAAAGUUUCUGUUUGUCGAUCAGUACAAUGGCCAUGUUCAAAGAUUUUCAAGGGACUAUGUUCACAAGAUCUCUGAAGCUAAACGUGCACUAGUUUUGUGGGUUCUUCCAUGUCUUUUCCUAAAGAUAGUUCGUGAAGUUAUCCGGAUGAUGUACAUGCAUCAUGAGUCUUGGUGGAAAUCCUGUGGCAUUUUGGUUGCUUUGACUUUUCCAUGGAUGUAUGUGACUGUGAUCUUUUUAUCAUCAUGUUUGGUGUUCCAUUUGGUUUGCAAUCUGCAAAUCAUCCACUUUGAUGACUAUGGAAACCUUUUGGAAAGAGAAACCGAUGUUUUGGUAUUUAUAGAAGAGCAUGCGCGAUUACGUCAUCAUUUGUCAAAGAUAAGUCAUAGGUUCCGGAUUUACCUUCUUCUUGUCUUCAUAGUUGUCACUUCAAGCCAAUUUGCAACUCUAUUCCAAAUCACAGGGUUCAGUAACAAAGUGACAUUCAUAAAUGGUGGUGAUUUUGCUGUUUCUUCGAUUGCACAGGUGGUGGGUGUGAUUCUGUGUUUGAAUGCUGCAGCAAAGAUUUCACACAGAGCACAAGGCGUUGCAGCAUUAGCAAGCAGAUGGCAUGCCUUAGCAUCAUGUGGUCCAGAUGAUGCCUCUCACAUGAGGAUGAGGUUUUCAAAUCAAAUGGGAAAUUCAAAUGGAUUAUUAAGAUCUGUUUCUUCAGAAGCUGAUAUGGAAGCCAUGAAUUAUACUCCCCUUCCUACAAACGAACAACUCACCUCUUAUUUAUCUUCCUACCACAGACGACAAGCCUUUCUUAUGUAUCUACAGAAUAAUCCAGGUGGCAUUACUUUAUAUGGUUGGACAGUUGACCGAAGUCUUAUAAACACAAUCUUCUUCAUUGAGUUGUCACUUGUUCUCUUUGUGCUUGGAAGAACUACUGUAUUCAUCUCAAGUGAUGGAUUGUCUUGAUUUUCUUAUGCAAUUUACAGUCAUAGAUCAAGAUUUGUUGUUCAUGGUGCACUAGAAUAGAGUUUUGAGUUUUGACAAUGAAAACGGGACUUUCUUUAUGUCUAUAUGAGGUGCUUUUGUACAGUUUGGUUUUGGUGUUGUUGUUUUGAGGUUUGAAGUUUGAAGUUUGAAGUUUGAAGU